GGUUUGGUUUAAAGCUGAACAGGAGGAGCCAGUGGGGAAAGGGGCGGAACUUUGAGAGGGGACCGGGAUCUUUGGAAAUUGGACGGAGGUGGGGGGAGUUCGAAGAGAUCAACUUGGAAAGUGGGCCAAUCCGUGACGCAAAUCCUCUAGUCCCGCCCCCCAACCCCGCCCCCCACUGCUCUGCUCCUCCGCUCUUAAUUGGUGCCGGUUUCUCCGCCCGCCAGACGUCUUCGCCACUCAGCAGCGGUUUAACAAAGGCCCAAGCACGGGCGAGGACCUGCACGCUGAAAUGAACACGGCCUGGAUUGGGCACCUGUGGACCUUCUUUGCACUGACGAUCGAGAUUGGCUGUCCUCUUGGGUGGCCUGGGCGGUGUUCGUCUGGUGCGUGACCAUCCACAGCUAUGGCCGGGCCAGGGGCUACUUUCCGCCGCCUGGGCGCCUUGUCCGGAGCUGGGGCCUUCGGCUUGGCUUCCUACGGGGCGCACGGCGCCCAAUUUCCAGAUGCCUACGGGAAGGAGCUCUUUGACAAGGCCAACAAACACCACUUCUUACACAGCCUGGCCCUCUUAGGGGUGCCCCACUGCAGAAAGCCCAUCUGGGCCGGAUUACUGCUAGCCUCUGGAACCACCUUAUUCUGCACCAGCUUUUACUACCAGGCUCUGAGUGGAGACACCAGCAUCCAGACUGUGGGCCCUGUCGGAGGCAGCUUACUAUUCUUGGGCUGGCUUGCCUUGGCUCUUUGAGCUCCCUUUUGUUUAAUUACUGAGUUCUGGGUAAUUUUUUGAAAGGUGGAGCAGGAAGAGGAUUAAAAGAGAAAGGCAAAUAAAGAACUUUGGAGUCUGUUCA